AUGCAGUUAUUCUAUAACUCCAAUAACUUUUCAAUGACGUCCACUAUCGACAAUUCAUCGGAGGACACGUCUGAUAUUAAUGUACGUUUCGGUGGUACUUCAAAUUUACGCGAUGCUGAACCGCUACCUUCGAGUAAUCUACUACAGAUGGAGCAUACGCACGAUGGUCAAAUUUCUGAGGAAACCAGUAUCGCAUUCACUGCAGUAUCAUACGAAGAACAAAUGCAUACACAGCCGCCGGAGGAAACUCAUCCAGUAGACGCCGAUGUGCCAUUUGCGUCCAACGAAAUUGAGAUAUACAGUCAGGGCUCACCUGAACCCAGUCUUGAUGGCCACGUGCAAACACCAAAUACAUCUGAACAAAACGAAACUGUACAGAACAUAGCAAAUGAGCAAAUCAAUUCCAACAAGCCAAAUGGAAAUAUGUAUGAAGAUGCUUGCCAGAUCGUAGGACAUCUUUAUGGUCUUAUCGAAGAAAUGAAACCAUUUCUAAUGUCUGUACCAUCUUGCAUUGAAAACCGAGGUUAG